AUGCAUAGAAAUUCAAUAAAAUAAAAUAGACAUUAAAGCCCUUUAAGAAAUACAAAAGCAUACGAUAAUGAAAAUGCAAUUGAAUACAUUGUUGUUAAACUACAGUCAUAGUUAAUGCUAAAAAUGGGAGCAGGCUAAUUAGAGGAAAGUAGGUUUAAUUUUUUCGCUUGUGAGUAUAAUAAAGUCAAGCAUUUAGAUUUAUUUUCUACAAACUCUUAAGAUAAAUAUUCAAUCUAGGCAUUAGAAUACUUUGAUAAAAUAGGAAUAAUUGAUAAGAUAAUCUAAGUAGCACAAGUAACAAAAAAAGAUUUUGAAUAACUUGGCUUUAGAUACCUCAAUGAUCAUUCCUUGUUCUAUACAUCAAGCAAAUUAAUAGAUCCGACUUUUUCGAACUUAUUUAAUAUCAGAGAGUGGCAAAUCCUUAACAAAGUUAUCUCAUCAUUUUAGUACACAUCAACAGAUAAAAGGAUGCGUUACUACUACUAGGCAAUGACUCUAUAACUAAUUAUUAAAUAGCUAGACUUGAAAAUGGAUUGCAUUCUCUAAAAUUACCCAUAGUCUCUUAAAAGUUGCAUGGUCAAUGGAUCUAAUCCUAAUUAUUAGAUAUAGUCACAGCAUGAUAUAAAUAUGCUCUAGUUUGCUAAUGCUCUAGAACUGGAAACCGAUUAUAUUUAUAUGAACUACAUGUCUACAAUGAUUAUUGAACUACAUAUGGAUGUUGAAUAGAAGAAUAUAGGAAAAUGCAUAGGGGAAGACUGCUUUUAUGUGAAAAUAUUCUUUGAUGACUUAGAAUUAUUUUCAGAAUUAGGAUUUUGCGAUUAUAGGACAGAUCGCUGUUGGUUUACUGACUUCAAGAAUUUUGUCAAGAAAAAGUAUCACAGAGGAAGACACUAUUAUGUAAAUCAGUGCUCAGAUAUAUAUGAUCCAAUGGAGUUAGACUUCAUUAACUUUUGGAAAACUUGA